AUGGCUUACGUUGCCCUCUGCAAGGCUCUCUACGACUACGUAGCACAGGCCGAAGACGAGCUCAACCUCUCCGAAGACGACUACCUCUACAUUCUCGAAUCCGACGAUUCAGAAUGGUGGAAAGCCAAGCUUCGUCGUCUCAACGAGGAUGGCACUCCCAUCCAAGACGACCCUGACGAGGGCACCGUCGGUCUCGUGCCUGCCAACUACGUUGAAGAAGCCGAACCCAUUCGCCUUAGCCGAGCUCUCUACGACUAUGAAGCACAGACCGAGGACGAGCUCUCUAUGGCCGAAGACGAAUUGCUACGUGUUUACGAGUCUGAUGGCGUCUGGCUGCUUGUCAAAAAGCAGGGCAACGAUCCUCUCAGCGGUGGUGAGGGCAGACUAGGCUAUGUGCCUGCCAAUUACGUCGAUGAAGCAGAGGCCGUCGAUACAGGUACUGCGCCCGUCACUGAGGACCAAUAUGGCGCUGCAGAAGACGAGGAGGAGGAGGACGACGACGACGACGAUGCGGAUGUCACUGGCUCCGGUGCAGCCAUCCCACAGAUUCAACUCCCACAAACAGCCCACCUCGGUAAGGGUGACGAGAUCAAGAUGUGGCCUGUCUCGGCUCUCGACACCAAGAAAAAGAAGAAGAAGGGCACCCUCGGUAUCGGCAACGCCUCCCUCUUCUUUGCCUCCGAAAGCGACAAGACUCCCGUCCAAAAGAUCAGCGUUCUUCACAUCGCCAGCCACUCGCUCGAAAAGGGCAAGACGCUCCACCUUCAACUCUCGCCUGAUGCGGGUAUGUCCGAAUCCAACCUCGACUUCCACUGCGGCUCCAAAGACGCUGCCAACGAAAUCGUCCGCAAGAUCGAGGCGAGCAAAGCCAAUGCACUCACCGCAGCUGCCGCCCCACCAGCUUCUCCCGCUGCACCUCCUGCUGCCCCUGCUGUGGCUACCGCUGGCGUUCCACUGCCACCUCCUCCACCGCCUGCCCCGCCUGCACCUCCUGCCGCCGCUUCCACACUGCCUCCUCCUUCACGCACUGCCGGCGCCGUCCUGCCACCGCCUAUCCGCAAAACCGUCUCCUUUCAAUCACAACAGGAGGCCGCAGCAGCAGCCGAGCCGGAAGAGACAGUCGAGCAUGGCAUUGCUAUGUACGACUUUGAGGCCCAGGGUGAUGACGAGCUUACCGUCGCCGAAAAUGAGCAUCUCAUCAUCCUCGAGAAGGAGAAUGACGACUGGUGGAAAGUCAGGAAUGAUGCUGGCCAGGAGGGUGUCGUGCCUGCAAGCUACGUCGAAGCAUCAGACGCCGCUGCCUCGGAGGCUGGUGCUUCAUCUGCAAGUGCAUCCGCUGCCGCUCUUGCCGCACAGCAAGAGGAAGAAAAGCGAAUCCGUCAAGAGGAGGACGAAGCUGCUGCUGUCGCUGAAGCCGAGCGUCAACGUGAAGCUGCUGAGGCUACCGCACGUCGACAGAGAGAAACGGAUGAGCGCGAGAAGGAGAGAACUCGACGAGAUGCACUCAAGGCUCAACCUGCACCUGCCCCACCCAAGCUCACACAACGUCCCAGCACCACCGAAGUCACACGCGCCGCUAAGGACGUCUCGAUCCCAACAGGGCGUAGUGCACCCGAACGACCCAAGGAUGGAGGCAGUCGUUCCAAGCCUUCGCCUAACAACACCCGUAUGUGGACUGAUCGGACCGGCCAGUUCAAGGUUGAGGCCGAGUUCCUUGGAUUCAAUCAGGGCAAGAUCCGUCUGCACAAGAUGAACGGAGUCGUCAUUGAGGUGGCGGUCGAAAAGAUGUCGGAUCGGGAUAUCGCUUUCCUCGAGGACAUCACGGGCAAGAAGCUCAAUCCGACGGACCAGGAGAUUGCUGCUGCCUCUUCUGCUUCGCGUCGACGGGAACGAGAACGUCAGUCAAGCAGCCGAUCGCAGGUGCCUUCUUCUGGUACAUCCAUGUCGCGAGAGGAGCGUGAACGUGAACGCGAACGCCGCAAGGAGAAGGAGCGAGAACAGCGUCGUCGAGAGCAGUCCAAGUCCGGUCCCAAGCGUAAUGUGGACUGGUUCGAAUUCUUCCUUGCCGCUGGUGUGGAUGUGGACGAAUGCACACGCUAUGCAAGCUCGUUCGAGCGAGACAAGAUCGACGAGACCGUGCUGCCGGACCUGGAUCCUCCCACGCUGCGUAGCAUCGGUCUGCGUGAAGGCGAUAUCAUCCGUGUGACCAAGUUCAUUGACAAGAAAUACCGUCGCGACAAGACGCAUACUGCUUCCUCUUCGUCUUCUCGUCAGUCAGGUCGUGUCAAUGCCAACACGGCAGCUGACCUGGAGCGACAGAUUAAGGCGGACGAGGAGCUGGCGCGCAAGCUGCAAGAGCAAGAGCAAUCGGCACGUCGUGGUGACUCGGUGAGCCCUGCUCCGCCUCAGCUGUUCUCGGGUCCGGAUGGAACGCUCAAGAACAACACUCGACGGGGCAGACCGACCCCCAAAACAACGGGCAGCAAUAAUGUGGAUGCUGCUUCGUUGGCUGCUGCUUCCGAGUCGUUGGCACGAACCACUUCGCCACCUGCGCGAACGACCACAGCGAGCCCAGCUGCUGCACCCAAACGCACCGGCUCUUCGCUUGCCAACGGCUUCGAUGAUGAUGCAUGGACACCACGACCUCCCAGUACCAAGCCAGCAACGCCUGCUCGUCCCAAUGUAGCAUCGCCGGCACCGCCAGCUCCCACGCCACCUCCGGCUGCUGCUCCUUCGCCAGCACCAGCAGUCGCAGCCUCUCCUGCGCCUGCUGACCCGAACUCGGCGUUGUUCGAGAAGCUGGCAGCGAUGAAGCCUCCCAGUGCAAGCGAGCGGCCGGGAGCCAGCCCUUCGCCUGGAUCUUCGUUCUUGGGACAGAACCAGGCAUACAACCCGAACGCGCCCCGUGGACCCUUUGCGCCUGUGCCAGCCAACCAAAGUCUCUUGCAACCGCUUGUUCCGACUCAGGGUACAGGUCAGUUUGUGCCGACCAAGUUGGGUGCUCAACAAACAGGGAUGAUGGGGAUGCAGAUGACGGGUAUGCAGGGGAUGCAGCCGCAACAGGCUGGAUGGGGCAUGCAAGGUAUGCAGGGUAUGCAGCCUCAGAUGACGGGCUACAGCAACGGAAUGGGUGGCAUGGGUUUGGGUAUGCAACCUCAGAUGACUGGCUUGAACAAUGGCAUUGGCGGAAUGAACGGUUCCUCGCCUUUUGCGGGAGGUCAGAUGAAUAACCAGCAAACUGGAUUCCCGGGUAUGCAACCCCAGCAGACGGGCUUGAACAACUUUGGACAGAACCCACAGCAGAUGGCAGCGCAACAGACCGGGUUUGGGAUGGGUUCACAGCAGCAGGUGUACCAGCAACAAGCAGCACAGGAGGAGAAGGACAAGUUCAACGCAUCGAAUAUCUUCCAGCAGAUGAAGACGGGUGCAUUUGCGAAAGAUCCGAAUGCGGCACCUCAGUCGAGCGACAAGUACGAUGCGUUGCGACCGCAGCCCACUGGAUUCCAACCUGGUGGUGUUAUGCCUCAGUUUACGGGGAUGGGGAUGGGGAUGGGAUUCGGACAGCAGCCUCAACAGCAGCAGCAAGGGUAUCCUCAUAAUGGAUAUGGUGGCUACGGUGGUGGAUACGGUGGUGGAUACUAA